GUCUUCAAACCAUCUUAUAAAGAAAGAUUUUCCAAUAUUAGUAACUUUGUACUAGUCAAGUUUGAAUAUGACAUGAUGGUGGAACCAAAAGAAACUGAGUGGUUUGGUUUUUACAAAGAGCAUCAGUCAGUAGAAACUUAUUCAAUGUUUGAAAGCAAAAUAUACAGAAGAGAUCUAAUUGGUCUACAGUAUCUCAACAAGACGGAAAGAAUACAUUUCCUUAGUUAUCCAGGGGGUCAUCUUCAGUUUAGUUUUGAGUGGUUCAAAUCAAACAUAUUUCCAUACAUCAACAGA